AUGGCUGACCCACUCUCCGUGGCCGCAAGCGUAGCCGGCCUUGUUUCAUUGGGCAUCCAGGUCACGCAAUCUCUGGUAGCCUUUUAUGCGGCGUGCAAGGGCCAGAAAACCGACAUCUCCUCCACCUCCAGGAAGCUGGAACAUCUCCUGGGCGUACUAGAGAUUCUGCACGGGCAGCUGGCCAGCCGCCAGUUCCGAGCCGACGAGCAGGGCCUGCUCGAGAAGAUAGAGAGCUCAAUCCAAGUCUGCGACGAGUGCGUCCAGGAGCUCCAGUCCGAAAACGACAAAUUCAAGGGUGGUUCGAAAGACGGUAUCCGGGCCGCCGCUCAGACCGCUUCUCGCCGCCUAGCAUAUCCCUUCCGGCAGAGCACGCUGCAAAAGCUGGACGAGAAUAUUGACGAGACAGUCUCGCAAUUGUCUCUGGUGCUGCAGAUGCUGCAGCAAAAGGAUAUCGGCUGCAUCCAGGAUGGCAUUGGGGAAACCAAGGCAUUGCUUGACUUGAAGCAUCCCAGUACCGGCCUCUGGCUUGUCAAGGGUUCUUCCUUUUCCGCCUCGCUUGAGAAGUCGAAUUCCUUCCUGUGGCUCAACAGCUUCGCCGGAUGCGGCAAGUCAGUGUUAUGUUCCACGGCCAUACAGUACGCCUUUCGGCAUCGGAGGUCCAACCCACGCAUCGGGAUUGCGUUCUUCUUCUUCACCUUCAACGACAACUCCAAGCAAGACACCUCCUCGAUGCUCCGCGCAGUUGUCUUGCAGCUGUCAAGCCAGCUAAACGACAACCAUGGUUUUCUCUCGCAACUGCACAGCAACUACCGCAACGCCAUGCCGCCUGAUCAGGCUCUCGCGGACUGUCUUCGUCAGAUCGUGCGGGCAUUUGACGACGUGUACAUCAUCUUGGACGCACUAGACGAAAGCCCUCGGGACACGCACAGGGGGGAGGUUCUCCAAAUGUUGGUCGAUCUGCGGGCGUGGGGCGAGCCUGGACUUCAUCUUCUGGUCACGAGUCGUGAGGAGCCUGACAUUGGCGAUGUGCUUCACAAGGAGCUCAACGCCCUACCAGACGAGGUGGUCUCGAUGAAGAACAGUUUCGUCGAAAGUGACAUUGCAGCUUUCAUCUCCGAACACCUUCAAGACAAUCGGAAGCUUCGAAAAUGGAAGGAAUAUCAUGAUCGGAUAGAGACCACGCUUAGCCAGCGUGCGAAGGGAGUGUUUCGAUGGGUGGAAUGCCAGUUCAAGGCACUCGAGCAAUGCCCAGAAUGCGAAGACCUCCUCGACCAAUUGCUGGCUUCACUGCCUCAAUCACUGGAUCAGACCUACGAGCGAAUGCUUUCGAAUAUCCCCCCGGCUUCCGUGAGAUAUGCUCAGCAGAUGUUGACUUUGCUCUGCUGCGCCUUGCGCCCAUUGACAGUACCAGAACUCAUCGACGGAAUUGCCGUAGAACUCGGCGACUCUCCAAAGUUCAACCCCAAGCCAGCUACCGUGCGCCUCGCGCAUUUCUCAGUCCAGGAGUACCUAGAAUCUGGCCGGUCAGGUCAGCACUCAAUCGCGACAUUCCGUGUGAGAAGACGGGAGGCUCAUACCAACAUAGCUCGCAUAUGCUUGACGUAUUUGCUAGAGCCUGCGUUGUUAAUGUCGGAGAAACCGAUUAAAGAAUAUCCGCUGGCACCCUACGCCGCAGAGCUUUGGCACGAACACCUUCGUGAAGGAGACGAAAACGCGCACCAUGCUAAGCACCAAGCCCUCCGACUAUUUCAAAUUGUACCUGAAUUACUUUCCAAUAUCCCAUUAGAGCCUCCUCUCUCAGUCCCAAACCCAACACAAGCUUCUAGUUUGUUUAAUGCCAGAAGAGGGAAUGCUGAUGUCAAUGCCAAAGGAGGAUUCUAUGGGAGUGCCUUGCAAACAGCAUCAGGCAAUGGUUAUGAGAAGAUAGUCCAGCUGCUUCUUGAAAGGAAUGCUGAUGCAGCAUCAAGCAAUGGUUAUGAGAAGAUAGUCCAUCUGCUCCUUGAAAGAAAUGCUGAUGUUGAUGCUGAAGGAGAAUACUAUGGGACUGCCUUGCAAAGAGCAUCAGCAAGAGGUUACGAGAAGUUAGUCCAGCUGCUUCUUGAAAGGAAUGCUAAUGUCAAUGCCAAAGGAGGAUUCUAUGGGACUGCCUUGCAAACAGCAUCAGCAGAAGGUCAUGAGAAGAUAGUCCAGCUGUUUCUUGAAAGGAAUGCUGAUGUUAAUGCCAAAGGAGGACUCUAUGGGACUGCCUUGCAGGCAGCAUCAGCAGAAGGUUAUGAGGAGAUAGCCCAGCUACUUCUUGAAAAGAAUGCUGAUGUUAAUGCUAAAGGAGGACGCUAUGGGACUGCCUUGCAGGCAGCAUCAGUAAUGGGUCGGGAGAAGACAGUCCAGCUGCUUCUUGAAAAGGGUGCGCAUAGAGUCUAG